AUGUUGGAGCUUUACUACUUGAUGGAUGAUAAUAGGUGGACUAUUAGGUGGUCGACAUUCGGAGGUCAAUGCAGUGACUAUGAUAUUUGCGGAGCGUAUGGAGUGUGCAAUAAGAAUGAAGUGUGUAGCUGUUCUGAGGGCUUCGCGCCUAAGCAUGCCUCUGGAAGUUGGUGGUCAAGCGGCUGUGCUCGACGAAGACCCCUGCAAUGCUCUGUCACAGAGGGCACCACCGACGACUUCUUGGAAGCCAAGAAUCAGUACUUCCCAGAGAAAGAAGCUGUCUCAUACAACAACAAGCCAGCACUGGAAGGCUGCCGGAUUGCUUGCCUCAAAAAUUGCUCCUGCACAGCGUUUGCUUUAGCUAUUUCUGAUGCACCCGUCUGUAGACUGUGGUUUGGGGAUUUGUUCGAAAUACGCGUUUCAUCCGACGGCCAAUGGGUCUUCAUUAGGCUGGCUGCUUCUGAGUUUCCGCACUUGACAUCAGAGCGAGGUAACAAAGCCCCUGCACUUAGAGUCUUAUUGCCUGCUGCCGCCGCUGCUUUCUUUGUCGUUUUGGGUCUCCUGUUGGCCAUAUUUAUUGUGUACAAUCGUCGAAAACUGCAGAUGAAAAGCAAAGAAGAGGACGUGCCAACUUCACUCAAAGCAUUCACUUACACAGAGUUGCGAAUUGCAACCCAGAAUUUCAAGCAUAAGCUGGGGACUGGAGCAUUUGGCUCCGUGUUCAGAGGAACUCUUCCAGACAAUACGCUUGUGGCGGUACAAAGAUUAGAGGGUUCUGCACAAAUAGAAAAAGCAAUUCCGUGCCGAAAUAAGCACUAUUGGCAGAAUACAGCACGUGAAUUUGGUGAGGCUCUGGGGAUUCUACGUAGAAGGCUCUCGUAG